AUGGCGGGCUUGCAACUUAACAUAACGAAAUUACAACUUGACCACCAGGACAAGUUAUCUACAACUGUAUUUCUGCUUUUGAGGAUUACAAACAAAAAUGAGAAGCUUACAUUGUUGUAUAGUCCUCUUGAUGUUCUUGUCAACAGCCAAGGCAUCAAAUUAGGCGAAGAUCAUAUCGAUAAGUUCUCUCAGAAACCUCAAAAUGAUACAGAUUACCAUAUAAAGAUGGAAAAUAAGAAUGCUGACGUGGACAGACAUGCCGUCGAAGAAUUGAAUUCUGAUAUUCAAGCCAAGGAAGUGAUGUAUGAUAUAUUUGUUGGCGGAAAAAUUGGUUUAAAGUUGGGGGGUUUGGAAAUGGCUAAUGUCCCAUUCUUGGCUUCUUGUCGUCAUAUCAAACAAUCCGAUGUGAAUUUGGGAAGAAGACCUGAGUGUGACCUCCGAAUGUUUGGUUUCAGGUAA